AUGAACCUUCAAUAUUCUUUCAGUGCCUUGAUGUCCCUGCCUAAGUUUAUUUCCGAAAAAGAUGUUGAAAUGCAAAAAAAACGCAGAGAAGCUGAGGGGAAGGGCGAAGAAAAAUAUGAUCAUAGGUCUUUAUAUGACCGCUUGCAGGCCGAAAAGCAUAGGAAGCAGGAGGAGUUUGAAUCCUCAAUCGCUUUCAAGAACCAAGUACAUAGGAUCGACGAGGAUGAAGCUAAAUAUUUGCAAACUCUUGCCGAAGUUAAUAAGAAGAAAGAGCUGGAUUCCGAGAAAGAAGUCGAGCAAAUCCUGAUGGAAGCUAAGAUAUCCUUUUAUCAAAUGAUCUGUCUUAUAGCCGCAUCAAAACAUAAUUCGGCCCUUGCUUUUCAAUAUAAUGUUUACUACUUUUCAGAGGCUGACGAAUCACUGGAAGAUCAUUAUCUCGACAUAAAUGCCAACAAUAAGGAGACUUAUGCAGCUAGCACAUCUCCAUCGUAUUCUCAGGGAAUGCAGGCAGUGCCAAGCCGCUCCUCUCCACCUCCUUCUCCCCCGUCAAUCUCGACUGCCACUGGAGAAGAAGAUGCAACUUCUGCUUCUACUGAGUCACGGAUUCUAGUAGGAUAUCUUCCAGGCAUUGGUAAUUAUGCUGACAGUCCACAGGAGAGUAGUAGCGACAGUUCGGAGAGCUCAGAGUCCACUGAUAUCGAGGAUGCAGCUUGUACAAUGUCUGAUUUAGUAGAUCGCGUAAGCCGACCCCCUCGUAAGGUUCACCUUAACGAAUGA